AUGAAUUUUGAUUAGCUAGAAAAAAUUAUAGCUAAGAAUUCUAGCAUUAAAGGAUUGUUGACAAAGUAAACAAAUUCAUCUACUUAAAAUGGUGAUUUAUCUAUUCUUCACAAUACAAGUUUAAAUAGCUUAUAAAAUGCAUAAAGUGAAAAAGUUAAUGAAACAAAUUAAAAUUUAAUCAAUACACAAAAUUCACCUUAUUAGGAUUAAAGAACACUAACAAUGAAAUCAACAGAAAAGUCAUUUUUGACUAAUGAUAAUAUUUCAUUCAAUUUGUAAACUACUUAAUAAACAUAAUGUGGAAAUAAUGAGACUGUAGGAUUAUUAAAAGAGUAAUUAACUAAAAUAAAACUCCUGACUAAUGACUUGCAAAUGAAAGACCAUUAAAUAGACAUUUUAAAAGAAUAAGUUUAAGAACUUGAAACUGAAAAGACUUAGCUUGAAUAAAAUUUUUAUGAUUUACAGAAGCAAAUAAGGUUUAAUGAGGAUGAUUUUAAUAUUCGUUUAUUAUCUCUUUAAGAGAAGAAUGAAUCUCUAUUGGAAUUUAAUCAUUAGCUCUAGUAGAGAAUACAAAUUUAAAAUGAAUAAAUAACAUAAUACUAAUCAGAUAUAACACAGUAUCGAUUAGCUAUUGAAAAAUAUGACAUAGAAAAAUAAAAUCUUAUCAGUGAAGUUAGCCAAGUCAAGGGAGUACUUAAAGGGAUUUAGUAAAGUACGAUUGGAAGUAGAGAAUAGAUGGCUCUUUUGCUCAGUGAAAAUGAAAAUAGAGGAAUUGAGCUAGAGAAAAAGAGGAUAUAAAUUGAAUAACUAGAAUAAGCCAACGACAAAAGCAAAGGGAAAAUAGAAAAAUUGGAAAAAAAACUAGCUUCAAAGGAAGAUAAGAUAAGUGAAAUGGAGCAAUAAAUUUAAAAAGUUGAAAAAUUAACUGCAGAUAAUCAAAAGUUUUCUUCAGAAAAUUCUUAAUUAAGAGUCGAUUUAAGUGCUCUUAAAAUGAGAUAUGAGGAAUCAAUGAGGUCUCUUGAGGACACAAGAGCAAGCUUAGCUAGACAAAUCUAAUCUAAGAGCUCAUUAGAAGAAAACAUUGAUAUUUUAUAAAGAGAUUUAUAAUAAUCAAAAAAAUGUUAAGCAGAAAUUAAAAAAAGGAGUGAAUAGCUAAUAAAUGAUAAUUUGCAAUUGAAAGAGUAAUUAAUUGAGUUAGAGUAAAUAAAUAGGAGGAUGUAGAGGGAUUCAGAUUUAAUUAUUUAAGAGAUCUCUGAAUUUGCUAAAGAUAAGCUUGACGAAUUUGAGGGAGAUCAAGCACUCCUCUAAAUAAAAAACUAAACUUCUACUUUAAUUUAAGGUAAUCAUAGUCAUAACUAGAGUUAAAAUGAGGUAAACUCUAAAGGCUCUUAUAACAUGAAUUAACAUUAAAAUUAUGAUGAUGAAGAAUGUAACGAAGAAGAUGAAGAAGAUUAAGAUGAUGAUAAUUAAACCUAAAACCAAACUCAUAAUAAAUCUGCCUAAGAUACUUCUAUUUCUAAUAGCUUUUCUAAUUAGAGUAGAGCAAGUAUAAGAGGGUUCUAGAAUGCUAUUAUAAGUAAUCGUUUGGCUAGUUUAGAUUCUUUUAACAAAAAGGAACAAAAAAGAAGUAAAAGCAAUACAAAACCUCCAAAAACUACAUAAAAAAAAUAAAUUAUCACAAAAAGAAAAAAAUCAAAUUAGAAUCAAGUCGAAAAUGUUCAGAGCUAGUAAAUAACUAGUUAAAAUACGCCAAGGCAAUAUAUUGAUUUAGAGCUUCUGAUUCCUUAAGAAUAAUUAAAAAUUAGAAUAGGGUAUUUUGCAUAAAUGGUUGGAAUGUACAAAAAGAAAGUAUCAAUUUUAGAAAGCUAGUAAUAAAAUUUAAAUUCAAAUAUUGAAAAACUGCAAGAUCACAUAGAAUAAUUGCAGUAGAUGACUAUUUUAAAUAAGGCACAACAAGAAAAUACAUUAUUUGCUGUCAAAGAAGAAUAUGAAGAAAAAAUUAUGAGGAUGAAAGAAUUAUUUGAAUAGAAUGAAUAAGAAUUCUAAAACAAACUUUAUAAUUGUGAUGAUCAAAUCAUGUCUCUCUAAGGGGAAAUAGAAUAUCUAAAGCACGAUUAGCAGCAAAAAGAAAAAGAAUUUAUAGAUGUUUCUUAAAAAUAUUUUGAGGCAGAAAAGAUUAAUUAAAAUUAUUAUAAAUUGGAGCAGGAAGUUUAAAAUAUGGAAAAUAAAAUAUAAUUAUUUACUUCAGUAAUCGAGCAAUUUUUAUAUGGGUUUUUUAAUAUGCACAAUAAAUUAUAAACUAGAUCGAUGGAUGUUAUAGUAUGCAAAAAAUUUUUUGAGUAUUUUAGCACUCUUAAUUAAGUUUUAAACCCUUUUGCAGAAAAGCAUAACAUUAGCUAAGCUAAACAGAAUAAUUAAUAGUAAUAAAGGAAAGAUUAAAUUUAUAAGCUUUUUAGAAAAGGAGUCUUCUCUGUAUUAUUUAUUGUUAAAAUAAAAAAAACAAAUGUUAAAGGCGAUUUUAGUAAUGCUGCUUCAGGUUACUGGCCAAACAAAACUAUUAAAAAUUCAUUUUUAUCAAAAAAAACUUAAUAAUAUGACAAAUUAUCUGAGCAAAUUAAAAGAAUUAUUGAUAAGAAUUGCUAAAAAAGCUCUUCAAGUGGAUUUGAGAAGGAAGCUUUAUAGUCUAUAGGAGAAUUACUAGAUAAAUUUAAUUAAACUAUUCCUUAAUAUUUAUUUUAAAACACUUAAAAUAAUUUUCAAUAAAAAAAAGAAAACUCACUAAGUUUAAAAGCAUAAAAAGAUGCAAAUAAAAUUUCAAAGUUGAUUAAGCAGAAUGAGACUUUUUAAAUAGAGUUAAAUAAAAUGACAUAAAGAGUAUUGGCUCUAAGCGAAUAUACCAAACAAAUAGAGAGCUAAUUCAAGGAUUAAGAGAAUACAGUUGAAAAUAAAUACAAAAGUUAGCUGCAAGAAAAAGAGAAUACCAUUUAAAAUUUAAAGCAUCAACUUAAUUUAAAUCAAAAUAUUAAUAGCCUAUCUCAAAAUAGCUAUAAUUAUAGCGAACAUAACCUUUAAUAAAGUGUUUAAACCCUCAAUAAAAUAUAAUCCUACCAAUAAUUUAACUCUCCUGCUUAAAGCAAUUUACUAAGCAACCAACUUAUCCCUCCUCUUCCAACUUCAGCAUAGUCAUUUAACUAAUUAUAAUAAUAAAUAUAAACUCAACAAUAUACUUAGUAAUAGCUGCAAACUUCUUAAACAACAGAAGAGUCUAGACCUUUAAUUAAAAACUAGUCUUCAUUGAUUAAAAAGUUUUAUUCAUAAGGGAAUCAUAACUCACUUGAAUAAAAUUUGAAUCAGUCUCAAAACUAUUAGUAAAGAGAUUAAUUUUAGCAGAAUUUUUAGACAACAAACUAUGAAAACAAUCUACAAAAUUAGAAUGAUUUUUCAAAUAUUGAACCUUCCCAUUCUCUCAUACAUCAAAAUCACUAAAACGAUCAUAUAUCAGUAGACUCACUCCAAAAUGAACUAAGUAAAAUUAUGUAAAGAAAAAAUUUAAGAGAUUCAAGUAAUAAUUCAUCAGCUUCUAAAUUAGUAAAAUGUCCUGGUAAAAUAGUAAGAAACACUAACAAAUGA